AUGCGGGGCGCGUUCGGGAAGCCGCAGGGCACGGUGGCGCGCGUGCGUCUGCUCCAGACGGGCAUGCGGGGCGCCUUCGGGAAGCCGCAGGGCACGGUGGCGCGCUCUCUGUGUGAGUCUCUAAUUGUGUCUGGGGUCUCUAAUUGGGUCUGGGGUCUCCAGGCUGCAGACGGGGAUGCGGGGCGCCUUUGGGAAGCCGCAGGGCACAGUGGCGCGCGUGCAUCUGUGACUGGGUCUGGGUCUGUAACUCGGUCUGUAACUGGGUGUAUAAUUGGGUCUGGGGUCUCUAAUCGGGUCUGGGGUCUCUCCAGGCUCCAGACCGGGAUGCGGGGCGCGUUCGGGAAGCCGCAGGGCACGGUGGCGCGCGUGCACAUCGGCCAGGUGAUCAUGUCCAUCCGCACCAAGGCCCAGAACAAGGAGCACGUGGUGGAGGCGCUGCGCAGGGCCAAGUUCAAGUUCCCCGGCAGGCAGAAGAUCCACAUCUCCAAGAAGUGGGGCUUCACCAAGUUCAACGCCGACGCCUUCGAGGAGAUGGUGGCGCAGAAGCGCCUGAUCCCCGACGGCUGCGGGGUCAAGUACGUCCCCUCGCGGGGACCCCUGGAUCGCUGGAGAGCCCUGCACGCCUGAACCCCAAAAACCCCCCAAAAACACCCGGGGGGAGCCCCAAAAACACCCGGGGAACCCCAAAACCCGCGGGGAGCCCGGGUGGCUUUGGGGCUCUCGGUGGAAUAAAAGCUUUCGGUUCCUUU